UUAACGUCUUCCAUCUAAUAAGGUGUAAUUAGGGUUUUAAGUUUUUUCUUGAGAGUCCAUUGCACUAUGGAAAACCAUCACUCAUCUCCUACAAACAAUGCUAAUAUGUCUAAAGAUAACAUAAUUAGUGUUAAUCAUAUAAAUGAGCUCCCAAUUAGUGCUGUGUUUAGCAACAAAAACAGCAAUGGUGAUCAAAUUAAGUCUGCCGAAGAAAUUGAAGCUUUGAUGAAAAGUUUCCCUCCGGGUUUUCGAUUUUACCCUACUGAUAAUGAGCUCAUUACACAUUAUUUGGAGAAGAAGAUUGCUAAUUUGCCUUUGGAACCUAAUAAGAUUUAUGAGAUGAAUGUUUAUAAGUACGACCCCGAGACGAUUGCUGCAUAUGUUAAGCCAACGACGGGAGAAAAAGUAUGGUACGUAUUUACUCCAAGAAAUCGUAAGUACAGAAACGGAGAUCGACCCAACAGAGCUGCUGGGAAUGGAUAUUGGAAAGCUACUGGAGCUGAUAAAGCAAUAAAGGAUGAUAAAAAUAGUAUAAUUGGAUUGAGAAAAGCUUUAGUUUACUACAAUGGAAAGCCUACAAAAGCAAAAAAGACUGAUUGGAUUAUGCAUGAGUAUAGAGUUCCUGGAAUUCCAGAUAUUUCUAAAAGACAUGCCAAAGAUUUGAAGUUGGAUGAAUGGGUUUUGUGCAAGUUGUACAAUAGAAAAAAUAUGGAUAGAAGCAUGUUCACCCAAAGAAAGAGAAGUAGGGAAAGUCAUGAACUAAUUAUUGAUGAAGUUAAAGACACUUGUGAUGGGCAUGGGCAAGUUCAUGAAUCCUCCAAUGAAAAUUUAAGCAGUCAUGAAUCUUAUGGUACUUUUUCCGAUGCUGUAGUUGAAGACUCUACUAGAAACGACCCCACAAACUGCAAUAACAACAACAAUCAUGUAAUAACAUACCACCCUCAAGUUCCCACAGGACUUUGUACCUUCCCUCAGUGCUCUUACAUGCCAAUAUUUUGUAACUACCAAAGUUGUGUACCUCAAUUCAACAAUGGUAACAAUUUUCAUGAAGUUGGUACAUCUAUGACAAAUGACAUUAUUCACCACCAAAUCGCCCCUUUACCUAUGAUGAUCGAACCUAUAUCUUCUACGAGAGCUUCCAGCAACGCAAUCGGACAUGAUGACACCAUGAAAAACGAAGGAUUUGAUGUAUCUUUCUUCAGUUCAUGUAUUGGUGGCGGUUAUGGUGAGUAUGUUGGACAUGAUCAAAUUGAUCAAUACCUUGUGAAUAAUUAUGAGAUGGAUAUGUUAUAUUCAUCAGAAUAUAACAUGAACAACUUUGUCAAUGGUGAGAGUAGUAAAUCAAAGGGAGAUUGCUAACAUAUGUGGUAUAGUUUUACCACAAUUGAUUAGCUUUAAGGUAUUAGUUACGUUAGAUCUAAGUUUCAGCAAUUAUGGUUUGAUAUUUGAUUUAGUAUGAACUCUUAAAGGAUGAUUUAGCAUGUGUGUAGUACUUGCUACCUCAUGAAAAAUCCUAUUUAGAAUUAGUGAUGCAUUUGUUAUCUAUAUAACAUAUGUUGUGAUAAUGUGUUACAAUAUUGUUUGAGUUUAUAUUUUAUCUCAUUUGCAAUACUUAUAUGUAUGGUAGCCCAGUGCACUAAAGCUCUCGCUAUGCCCAGGGUCCGGAGAAGGGU